AUGCGACUGCUCAAUGUGAAGACGGGACAGUUCGAGUUGGUCACCGAUCCUCGAGAGGUCCGCUACGCCAUCCUAUCCCAUACUUGGAACCUAGAAGGCGAGCCGACGUACCAGGAUGCCGAGCGAGGUGAUGCCGUUCUCAGCCGCUUUGACGAGAAGCUCCGGCAUUUUUGCUCAUUCGCUUGGGAGGACGGAUUUCGAUACGGCUGGGCAGAUACUUGCUGCAUCGACAAGAGCAACCCGUGGGAGGUGGAAGAAGCCAUCCCUGCGAUGUACGACUGGUAUGCUCACUCAACCGUCUGCUAUGUUUUCCUCCACGAUGUCCACAGCACGAACUGGCGGGAGGAGCUCGCGGAGAGCGAGUGGUUCGAUCGGGGGUGGACCCUGCAGGAACUCCUUGCUCCACGGAAGCACGUCUUCGUGUCCAAGGACUGGAUCAAGAUUGGCACGAAGGAUGACCCCGAAAUUUUCGCGUUGGUCGAACGUGCAACAGGAAUCCCACGAUCUGUCCUCGCAGGUGAACGACCACUGGCGGACGUUCCCAUCACACAGCGGCUUUCCUGGGCUGCAGCCCGGACGACGACACGCGUGGAGGACCAGGCCUACUCUUUGAUGGACAUUGUAGGUGUCAAAAUCCCCGUCGCCUAUGGAGAAGGCCGUUACGCCCUCAUCCGUCUCCAAGAGGAGAUCUUGAAAGCGAACUCCGACCAGACUUUGUAUACUUGGGGACCCUGUUACGAUCAUAUAUCGGCAACCCGGCUCGGCGGCUCUUCUUCCUCGUCUCCUCACGCAGAUGCACCAACUUCGGCACAAUUCAUGCUCGCAUCAUCUUUGCAUGAAUUUGCAGGCUCUUCCGCAUUGGAUCGCAUCACACCUGACGAGCUGCGGAGUUAG